AUGUCUAUUUUCCCUUCUUUCUUUCUUUCUUUCUUUCUUUCUUUCUUUCUUUCUUUCUUUCCAUUAGUGGAAUGGAUUGUAGCCUAUUGGACUCGCACUAACAAGAGAUCACUUGUACAUGUAAGCGGAGUCUCUUCCAGAAGUUAUCUUUCUUUCUCUGUUUCUUUUUUCUUUUUUCCUUCUGUUCAUGCCUCUCUAUCUCUCACACACACAAUCCCCCUCUCUCUCUCUCUCUCUCACACACACACACACAAAAUCCACCCCUCUUUCUUUCUUUCUUUCUACAUAUCUAUCUCUCUAUCUAAGUCUGUUCACAUCUACCUACAUAUUUCUGUCUGUUCAUAUCUAUCUAUCUAUCUAUCUAUCUAUCUAUCUAUCUAUCUAUCUAUCUAUGUCUGUUCACAUCUAUCUAUCUAUCUAUCUAUCUAUCUAUCUAAGUCUGUUCACGUCUAUCUACAUAUUUCUGUCUGUUCACAUCUAUCUAUCUAUCUAUCUAUGCCUGUUCACAUCUAUCUACAUAUUUCAGUCUGUUCACAACUAUCAAUCUAUCUAUCUAUCUAUCUAUCUAUCUAUCUAUCUAUCUAUCUAUCUAUCUAUCUAAGUCUUUUCACAUCUUUCUACAUAUUUCAGUCUGUUCACAUCUAUCUAUCUAUCUAUCUAUCUAUCUAUCUAUCUAUCUAUCUAUGA